AUGGACGACACAAGCAUGCAGACCCCUGGCGAUGCCUUGUCCUAUAUAACUCCAAUCGGCUUCUCUUACUAUGCCAAGUCCACAUCUCUUACUCCUGAAUACUACCAGACCCUGCUGGAUCACUACUGGAGGCGCUCCGGGACGACCCUCUACCGACCGGACCAACUCCACGCGUGCUGCGUUCACUACACCCUCCGCUUGGACUCCACCCAGUUCAAGCCCACCCGAGAUCAACGACAAACCAUCAACCGGUUCAACAAGUACCUGACUGGCGAUGCCUACAUCAAGGAGGCAGCUCGUCUCCACCCCCGGUCACGCGAGCAGGCGAAGAAACGGGACUCUGAGUUCGACUUGAUCGAGAGGGUCCACGAGGCGGAAUAUGACUCCCUGCAGCUGCCUCCAGAGCCCGCCCACGUCUUCACCGUUACCCUGGAAGAUGAUGUCUUCACCGAGGAAAAGUACCAAGUGUAUGAGAACUACCAGCGAGUCGUUCAUGGGGAGGAGCCGGCCGACAUCACUCGCCGCGGCUUUCAACGCUUCCUAUGCGAGUCCCCGGUCCAGCGCAAGACAAUCACGACGCCUGACGGCAAGGAGCAAAAGCUUGGUUCAUUCCAUCAAUGCUACCGUUUGGAUGGGAAAUUAGUAGCCAUCGGUGUACUAGAUCUGCUUCCUCACUGCGUCUCCGCCGUAUACUUUCUCUACCACGAGUCCAUUCACAAGUUUGCACCAGGGAAGUUGGGCGCGAUCCGUGAGAUUGCUUUAGCACAGGAAGAUGGCUAUCGUUACUGGUAUCCGGGUUUCUACAUUCACAGUUGUCCCAAGAUGCGAUACAAGAUGGACUACACGCCCCAGUAUAUCCUGGACCCUGAGACGCUGGCUUGGGAUCUCAUGGACAAGAGAGUUACGGGUCUUUUGGACAAUAAGCCAUACCUGAGCUUAUCGAAGGAGAAAGCUGAUGAGCCAGCUGCCGAGGGAGCCAAAGAUGCUUCAGUUCAGUCUGCAGCCGGCCAAGAAGAAUCGACAGAAGACCUCAGGGAGGUUGAGGACGAUGACGACGACGAUACGUUCUUGUUCAAUACCGGUAUGCCGGGCAUCAUGUCGCUUGACGAGAUCCGCUCACUCGAGGAGAUGGACCACAUCAAGCUGCGGAUAGAUGGCUCUGGACUACUUUUCGAGACUGGCGAUCUCGUCGCGUGGGAGCGUCAGGAUGUCGGGGUGAGCGGAUGUCUCAAGGCUGGUAUUGCGGAGCUGGUGGCGGCCUUGGGACCCGAGUUGUUGGAGAAUAUGGUGGUAGACUUUUGGAAUCCUAAUUUGUGA